CAGGCGGCCUCGGGCCCCUGGCGUCGCCUCGGCAACCGGCGGAACCCGGCGCUAGGCGCGCGCUUCCGGCGCGGGAAGGCGCGUAGGGGAAGAAAGGGGACCGCCAGAGUGUGGCGAGCAUAGGGUCUCACAGCUGCCACCGCGGCGCUAUGAGGUUCCGGGCCAAGAUCGUGGAUUUGGGCUGCCUGAAUCACUUCACCCGUGAGCGGCUCGUGUCAGCAACACCAUCUCCAAGCUGGCCAAGACGUGCACUCUGCGCCUCAGCCCCGACAAGCUCUACUUCAUCCUGUCCGACAAGGUGGCCAAUGGCGGGGUCAGCAUGUGGUGCGAACUGGGCCAGGGCAACUUCUUCGACGAAUUUCAAAUGGAAGGGGUAGCAGCGGAUCACAAUGAAAUCUAUUUGGAGCUGACGCCGGAAAACUUAUCCAGAGCCUUGAAAACGGCCCAGAAUGCCAAAACAGUGAAGAUCAAACUGACCAAUAAACACUGCCCCUGUCUCACCGUGGCUGUGGAGCUGCCGUCUUUAUCAAGCAGUAGUCGCAUUGUAACACAUGACAUUCCCGUAGGGGUUAUUCCCAGAAAAUUAUGGACUGAUUUCCGAGAGCCCACUGUACCAGACUUUGAUGUUAGCAUAUAUUUACCAGUAUUGAAGACUAUGAAGAGUGUAGUGGAAAGAAUGAAAAACAUCAGCAAUCAUGUUGUUAUUGAAGCGAACCUAAAAGGAGAGAUGAACUUGAAAAUAGAAACUGAUUUAGUGUGUAUUACAACACAUUUUAAAGAUCUUGGAAAUCCUCUUUGGGCCUCUGAAGAUGCUUCUCAAGAUAGAGAUUCAGAGAACAUGGCUGAAGCACGAAUAGAUAUUAAGAAGCUUCUACAGUUUCUUGCAGGACAGCAAGUAAACCCAACAAAAGCAUUAUGUAAUAUUGUGCAUAACCGGAUUGUUCACUUUAUUUUGCUACAUGAGGAUGUUUCCCUUCAGUAUUUUAUUCCUGCCUUGUCAUAAGAAUUCAGCUGUUCGAGAGUUUUUGACAAUCCAAAGACCUUUUCUUUCAAAAUCGAAAAAAGAUGAUGGGUUGGUGUGUUGGAAGCCUUUGGGUUUAUAUGCUCACUAUGGUUUACCUCAUGUAAAAAGAACUUGUCCUUUUUUUUCUUUUGUAAUAUGUUCGUAGAAUAGGCAUUAGUGAAAUGCAAUUGGAUAAGCUAUGUCUUUGUUUUCUUGUGGUUUCUAUAUUUUACCUUUAAGAAAUUGAGAGGGAAAUUUAUAAUUUUCAUUACUGAAUUUCACUGUUUCUGAUUGCUGAUAAAUGAACACUUUAACAAACAUUACGCAUAUGUGUACAUCAGAGGUUUCUGCAUUAUCCAAGCAGGCACUUUCUGAGAUAGUCUUUCUGUAAGACAUUCAUCACUUCCUGAAGCAGGCAUCCAGAAGGAUAUACAACUGUCUUUUUGUGGGAAUUGUUGACUAGAAGGAAGAAAAAGUAUUUCUUAAGUUUUUGCUGUGUCUGGAGUAAGGAAGGUGUUGCUAGGAAUGAUACUCUGGGUUACCAUAAAUAAGUAGUAGACUAAUCAUCAAAAUACUCCUGAACCUGAGCCUGGUGGAGUUAAUUCUCCAAUCUAGGAUUUUCACUUGAGAAGGCUCCCUCUUGUGUUUGACGGCUUAAAUACGGGGAACAUUUUUACAUUAAGUUUUUAAAAAAUUUCCUAAAGUAAAUACCACAAAGGCUCCUUGAAUCUUAUAUAAGUUAUAAGGCUUCAGGAAUGAAUAUGCAGUUUGUGGCAUGAAUUUUUUUUAUUCAUUAUUUUUCUUUGGAAAUCUAUCCAAUAAUUCCAAAAUGGUACCUAAGUUUACAAAUUUAAGUUUUCUUUUUACAUACCAAAUUUACUACAGGUGCUGAUUGGUAAGCUUUCUCGUUUUUACUCGAACAUCAUUCAUUAAAUUUCGCAUUACACUUUAAUUUCAGGGACUCUACUAAAAUUGUGGAUGAUUUUAAGCAAGAAAUAGAACAUUACUCACCUAUAUUUAUCUUUCACACCAACUUGAAGAAUAAGGGGGGAAAAAGCGAUUUAACUAUCAAAUGCAAUAUGUAAAAGAUUUCAGCAGAAAAUUAAAAUAUUCCAUGCUCA